CAGCCUUCUUCUCCCCUCAACUCUCCCCAGAAUUUCUCUCUCUAACUCCUACUCCCUUCUAUCCAUUUGAUCAUUUGAACUUUGAUGUGCCUAAGAAAAUGAGUUGCAAUGGCUGCAGAAUUCUUCGUAAGGGUUGCCAUGAAAAUUGCAUUCUUAGACAAAGUUUACAGGGAAUAGAGAGCCCACAAGCGCAGGCCAAUGCAACUGUUUUUGUUGCCAAGUUUUUUGGCCGUGCUGGUCUCAUGUCCUUUCUAUCGUCUGUCCCCGAGUCUCAAAGACCAGCGUUGUUCCAGUCUUUAUUAUUUGAAGCUUGUGGAAGAACGGUGAAUCCAGUGAACGGAGCAGUGGGAUUAUUGUGGACGGGGAACUGGCACGCUUGCCAGUUGGCGGUGGAGACGGUGCUGAGAGGCGGCGUUUUGCGGCCCUUGCCAGGGUUUUCUCAGUCGCCGGAGUUUGAUGAAGCAUCAGAAGCUAGUAACACUGAUUUAUACAGAUCGCAAGAUCUAAACUUGAGGGUCAAAAGGAAAGGUUUUGAUGAUGACCUGAAUCUUGGUUUGACAAUGGGUUUUCCAAGAAAAAAUCGGCUUAGCGAGGAACGGCGGCCGGAUUCUCCUUCGGACGAGUCUGAAAUGACAACGUUGGAGAGUGGGCUUCUGAGUAACCAAGGGUUGCAACAAAAUCACCAUGGACAGGAAUCAAAGUUUCUGAGACUAUUUUUCUAAGUUUUUUUUUUUUUUUUAAAGCCCUCCCAAUUUUUUCUUUCCCUCGAGUUAUUGGGCACUUGAUUUCUCAAUUUUGUAGUGAGGAAGAAACUUUGAAGAAAGGAUAAAGAGAGAUCAGAGUUGCAUUGUGUCUCUGUCUGUCUGUCUGUCUGAAUUUCAGAAUCUUUGUGUCAAAGGAUAUUAGGAUGGUGCAAAUAUUGACGUUUGCCAGUAACCCUUUAUGGAAUAAACUUCCUUUUUCGUUUA